AUGGGGAUGCCCGAGCCCCUGUUGUGCGCCACGGACUUCCGGCAGCGGCCGCUGAUGUUCCUCCGCAAGGAGGAGUGGCACGCCUUGCUGGCGGAGCUUCCACGCCUCAAGGAGGAGUUGCGGCAGAGGCAGGCGGAGAUCGACGCCAUGGACCAGCGAGGCGAGCACAUGAAAGACUACUUGCUGAGGCGCAAAUUCAUCCUGGACAAGUACGGAGAGCGCAAGAUCGGUAUCGUCGCCUAUGGCGACACCAACCGGAGCUACAAGAGCCAUGGCCGUGGGCUUCGCGAUCGAGAGAGGGACAUCGAGAUGGCGAACAAGGUGCUGGAGAGGAUGAACUCCAAUGAAGUGGAAUGA